AAACGAGACGCUCAAACUGUUUCAUAUGAGAGAACCAACCAGGAAGUCCACGUCUGAACCAUGAACAGACGAAAACUCACUUUCAAAUGGUUUGGGAGCCUCACCAAUCUGUCCCCCCGCCGCCCGUCAGAGAAGACCAACGCCAAGGCUGCCCCAGAGCAUCAUGGGAGCCUCGGCAGUGCCAAAUCGACAGCGCGGGAACAGUCGGUGGACGACAUGGAGGAAUGCCUCCGCAGCCCCGGCUACGCCUGCUCCAGCCAGAUGUACACACAUGUGGGCACCGUGCCACGAAGCCUGUCGCAGAAGAAGAGCAGCAGGGGGCUGAAGGAGCAGAAGAAGAAGAAGAAAGAGGAGGAGGAGGAGGAGGAGGAGGAGGAGGAGGGGCAGAGUCUUUGGGAGGCGGGGGAGCAUGUCCGAGACUCCCCUAUGCUCAGUGCCCUGUCCAGCCUCAGCUCCCCCAGUCUGGACCAGACUCGGCCUGGUUCUGGUUCUAAAUCGGCCCGGCCACUGCCCGCCACCCCGACACCCAGCCGGGCUUCACCUUUGACCUCGGCACAUGGAAGCUACUUCAAUGAUCCUUCAGCGGACCCCUUUAAGAGCCAGUCAGUGUCAAGGAUCUGGGAUGCUUCAGAGCCUUUAAACAUGACAACUACUGGACCCAAAAGGGGUUCUUCUCAGGAUGUUUACGUGCCGAUGGACCCGAUAGACAAAGCAGCUCGCAGCCAAACACAGGAAACCACGAAGACCAUGAACGUCCUGCAGGAAGUGGAGCGUGUCGACAGUCUGCAGGACUUGACAGACAGCAAUGGAGAAUAUGUGAAGUUCUCCAAAGAGAAGUUCUGGUUGGAACCGCCAUCGGACAUACUGAGGAAGCAGCUGGAGGAGGAGCUGAAGCUGAGCGGCAGCAACCUGAAGAGCCACGCCUGGUACCACGGACGUGUCCCCUGGGAGGUGUCCGAGAGUCUGGUGGUGAACCACGGCGACUUCCUCAUCCGAGACUCUCAGUCCAAUCAGGGCGACUUCGUCCUCACCAGCCGCUGGGAGCAGAAGACACUUCACUUCGUCAUCCGGAGGACGGUGGUCCAGUCCUCGGAGACGUACACCCGGGCCCAGUACAGCCUGGAGGGCGAGGCCUUCGACUCUCUGCCGGCUCUCGUUCACUUCUACGUGGGGAGCAGGACGGCUCUGACCCGGUGGACCGGAGCUCAGAUUCACCGACCCGUGAACAGGACGCUGCCUCUCAGCUACCUGGAGACGGCGUUCUGCACCGCCGUCAGCCCGCCGUCUUGCCACAGAGGGCUGAAGGAUGGGAGCGUGAGCGGCGAGGAGAGGGUCUGUCCGAGGAGUCCUUCCUCUCUCCACCACAGGGAGGCAGAUAUAAACAGAGAGCAGGACAACCGGCCUCCGCUGACUUCUGGAGACUCCUCCCUCUCUACUCUGUACAACAACACCUCAGACUCUAGGAGCCCCAGCAGCAGCCGGGCAUCCAGCGUGGCUCCAUCCCCGUCCCUCUCCAGGCGCUUGGAUACCCCCCGACCCCUGACCUCACCAAACAACACCCUCCGCCGACAGUGUAACGACGGACCCCGACCCCACCCGAACCAGGACCCUCCGUCCUCUGAUGAUCUUGGAAGCUGCUACACGGAGCUGUACCCGGGCCCCCAGAGCUACGUGGAGAGGCUGCGGGUGGAGGAAGGAUCGGUGGGCAUCGAUGACGAGAACGUGUACUUGUCGCCGGUGGUGGAGACGGUCUCUACUUUCAAACCCAGCAGGUACCAGUCGCCGCUGAUGCCCAGGGAGAACAAACCUUUGGAGGUGGUCAUCCUGCGGCGGAUGAAGGAGCUGCUGGCCGAGGUCGACCCAAGAACGGCGGCCAAACAUAUCACCAAGGCCGACUGCAUGGUGGCCAGAAUUCUGGAGGUGACUCCGGAGGCGCAAAGGAUGAUGGGAGUUAGUUCUGGGAUGGAGCUGCUCACGUUGCCACACGGCCAACAGCUGAGACUGGACCUGCUGGAGAGGUUCCAGACCAUGGCGACCGUGUUGGCUGUGGAUGUGCUGGGCUGCACGGGGACGACCGAGGAGAGGGCCGGCCUGCUGCACAAAAUCAUCCAAAUCGCAGCAGAGCUCAAGGGAACCACGGGCGACAUGUUCGGCUUUGCUGCUGUCAUGAGAGCGUUGGAGCUGCCGCAGGUGUCCCGUCUGGAGCAGACCUGGACGGCGUUACGGCAGCGACACACAGAGGGCGCCAUCCUCUACGAGAAAACGCUGAGGCCGUUUAUGAAGAGCCUGAACGACGGCAGAGAGAGCUGUCCGCUGUCCAACACCACCUUCCCCUACGUCCUGCCCCUCCUGUACCUGCUGGAGAAGAGCGUGGCGGUGGGUGAGGGGGCGGAGCCGUGGGAGGCGGCGGAGGUCGGAGUGGACGUGGUGAUGUUCCACCUUGGGGCGGCGAGGACCAUCGCCCAGCUGGGGGGCAUCUACCGCUCCAACGCCGAGAGCAAACUGCAAGGUUUCCAGGAGCAGCCGGAGGUCCUGGAGCUCUUCCUGACCGACUUCCAGAUGAGGCUGCUGUGGGGGAGCAGGGGAGCCGAGGAGAGCCAGGCUCUGAGGUACGCCAAGUUUGACCAGGUGCUGACCGCCUUGUCCAACCGGCUGGAGCCGCCCGUCAGACCGCACUGACCCCCCCGACCUCUACUUCAUCAACUCUGUUUAUCCGGGUGAUGAGCUCAGACACCAUUAUAUGCAACCUGGAGGCCAAACGAUGCAAACCAAGAAUCUGCAGAAUUCCCAGUCUUCGCAUCUGAUUUGGUGUUUUGUUUUCUCACAAACUCUCAUUCACCAUCUUCAUUACAAUAUCUAUAAUCUGAACUGAGAACUUUAACGUGUCAAUAAAUCAACUAUAUCUGCCAUUAUGAGGACUUUAUCUACUCGACUAUGAACCAAAAUGUGAAAAGAAGAUAUCCGUUUAAUUAUGCAGUACUGUGCCACAUUCUGUUGCUUCUGUUCAGCAGAAACAAAACAGGAAGUUUUGUGUUUUCAUGACGUUGAGGCUGAGCCUCAGUGUGUUAGAAAUGUGUUUAUGUCUGAAGCCUGAAGGCGGGACCUUCACCAAAUCUACAAUGUAUGUCAUAUUGUACAACCCAAUAACAGAAUAACAUCGUAUCAACUUUAAUAUUUUCUUUUUUGUAUUAUGUGUAUCAUCAUGUGUAAAUCCUUAGGAUUUUCUCAUUUGAAUAUUUAAUGUAUGUGUGAUGAGAUUACUGAAGCUGUAAUCAGCACUGGGGUCAGAUCAUAAGUCUAGUUUAUUUUUGUUCAUGUUCCCUUCAAAAUAUAUAGAGUUCUUGACAUUAUCACUUUUUGAAUUGGGAGUGUUUGAACUGAGCUUUUCUAUUAAUUGUCAAUGCAUAGUAUUAAUGUCUAAUAUUUAUCUGAAAUGUAAAUAUAAAUAAUAAAUAAAUUU